CAACAUUCAUUGUGGCCCCUCUUAACUGUCCUCCAUCUUCAUUUGUCUCUUUAUAGACUCCAAUUCCAUCGACGAACUCAAGCUUUCUUCUUUGCCAAGUUUCAGAAUUUCAUACCACAAUGAACUCUAAAACUAGCUUUCUCUUAGCUAUUUUGCUCAUCACUUCACUUUGCAUGUCAACCCGACCCGGAUCAUCAUACCAGUUUUCAGCUCAAACUAAGCCCACCACCAGCGUGAACAACAAUAACAAUCGAGGUGGUGGGCUAGGUGGGAUACUGGGGCCCGGAUCCGGGUUUAGGAUACCUGGUUUUAGACCUGGGAUAAUAGGUGGCGGUUAUGGCGGUGGGUAUGGAGGUCCGAAUGGAGGUCACUCAAAGAAUGGUGUUAUUAGGCCAAGUAUGGUGUGUAAAGAGAAGGGUCCAUGUUACAUGAAGAAGCUGACGUGUCCAUCAAAGUGUUUUACAUCGUAUAGCAGGUCAGGGAAGGGGUACGGCGGCGGAGGAGGCGGUGGUGGAUGCACCAUGGAUUGUAAGAAGAAAUGUAUUGCUUAUUGCUAAGCAAAGAGAGGUGGUAUUGUCUAGUCUUCUAGUAAUACUACUACUAGCUUUAUUGAUGCAUAUUAUGCACCAUUUUUAUUAUAUAAUCUUAUAUUAUGCGGAUGGGUUGUCUUGUAACCUAAGUUUUCUUUUUUUGGGUUCUCGGUUGAGGACCUAUUGUUGGAGCUACGUAUUAGCUUUAUAAUAUAAUAUAUGUGCAGAGAUGAAUAAAAAAGAGACAGCAUGUUUGAUGAA